AUGGCUUUCGUCGAACCCUGGCUUCCAAAACUUCAUUACUAUUCUCUGUCCAACGAGGACCACCCCGGAUUUAGGGAGAGCUAUCUUCCUUUGCUAUUAUGGGCUCACAUGAAGUGCCCUAAAUCAGAGGGCGAACACAAUCGAUUGCAAGAUGAAGAGCCAGUGCCAUUAAAGGACCGUCGUGUAUUACGAACUCACCGCGCCACCUUCGCUUGGGCCCAGGCCAAUCGGUUCCAGUACUACUGGAAUGCGGGACUUCGAACUGCUUGCUGGGAAUCUCGGUGUGCUCUGAUUGAAUGCUGCAAAAAAUGGAGGAUAGCAAGAGCAUUGAAGAAGAAACCAAAGAAGAAGCCUGCUUCGACAAAACGACGAAGAAAAAAACCGCUCACAAAGCGUCAGCUUUCAUUAAGGAGGAGGAAAAUCGCGGCAGGCCGUUCGAUGGCUCCGAUUAAGGAAGGUCGCCAUACCAUUUUCAUAGACUUCUGUCCUAGGGAUAUUAUCUGUUUUCGGUUCCCGGCAGAACACCUAGCUGCUUGUGUCUUUCUAGAAUGGGACACGAUGCUCACUCGUCUUCCUUUCUUCCAACUUCCUUACAACUCAGACGUGAAUCUUGCCUUUGAAUUUGAGGAUGGUUGGGAAAGGGGCUUAGGGCGCACGGCAGAGUCAGUGCGUGGCUGUCUUUCUGAAGCAUCAGUCCGAGGUCUGAUCAUGAGACUCCACUGGUCCUGGUCUAUUGGCAAGGUCCCUCUUUGGACUCGAAUAUACCUUGUCACCUCCAAAAAGGAUAUUCCAAUUCGCCCAACCUUUCGUCGGAGCAAAGAUCACCGAUAUGACUUCGACCGUCUUUACAAAGCGGAUUUCAACUGUAAGCGGAAGCCGGAUUAUUACUUCUUCGAUGGCAAACACAAGUUUUUUGAUGCUUGUGCUUGGUUUGGUACUUAUCCUCCCAAUUGGUGGAUCAAGUCACCUAUUUGCGACUUCAUCUGGAAGGUUCACAGAUUUUGUCGACCACAAGGGACAGACGACCUUCACAAUCGUGAAAAUAACUUACCAGAGCCUUGGGACCAUUGCCUCAGAAUUCUGGGACAGGUAUCAGCCAGCAACGACAUAAAAUAG